AUGGCAGCCAUUGAACUCUCUGAAGAAGACCUGCUUUGUCCUCAAUGCUCUGGUAUAUACUGCCUUCCUGUUCUCCUUCAGUGUGGCCACAAUAUCUGUAGAGUUUGUUUACAUAAAUUCUGGGAAUGGAAAGGACGCCGAGAAUGUCCUGUGUGCGGUGUCGAGUCGGUCUUCGGGAGGCCUCCCAUCAAUUUGGAGCUGAAGAUAGCUGCAGACGAAUAUCAAGUGCAGAUGUCCGGCAGGAAUCAAGAAGUUUGUGUUCUUCACAAAGAGAGACUGAAGAUAUUUUGCCUGAAUGAUGAAGAGCCCAUCUGUCUCGUCUGCCAAACAUCAAGACAACAUAGAGUUCAUGAGUGCUUCCCUGUAGAGGAGGCCGCCCAACAGAAAAAGAAAGAGAUUUCGGUGCAGGUGGAGUCCUUAAGGAAGAAACUCAAGGUGUUGAACAAGACAAAGGAACAGUGGGAGGAAACCAAAAACUACAUAAAGACCCAGGCAGAUCAAAAUGAGAAAGUGAUCAAGGAGGAGUUUGAGAAGUUUCACCGGUUCCUUCUUGAGGAGGAAAACACCAGACUGAAGGUGCUCAGACAGGAGGAGGAAAUUAAGACCCAGGUGAUGUGUGAGAAGCUGGAACUCAUCAAGAGCCAGAUCAAGAGCCUCUCAUCCCUCAUCGGUGAUAUCGAGAGGGUGCUCAGAGUGAAGGAUUUACCAUUUUUACAGGACUACAAGCAGAUAAAGAAAAGGUUCAAAUGCAAUGUUCAGGAGCCAGAAUGCAUCAGAGAUAUCCUAAUAAACUCUUCAAAGCAUCUGGGAUUACUUAAGUUUGGAAUUUGGAAGAAGAUGGCUAGCAUUGUUAAAUACGUUACUGUCACUCUGGAUCCAAACACAGCACAGUCCAACUUAAAGUUAUCUGAAGAGUUGACCUGCAUGCAGUACAGCAGCAGACAGCUCCUACCUGACAACCCUGAACGCUGCACCAAUCGACUGUGUGUGUUGGGAGCGACCGGCUUCAUAUCUGGAAAGCACAGCUGGACCGUCGACGUGGGCCAAGGAAAAGACUGGUACAUAGGAGUCGCCCUACAGUCCGUCAAACGAAAGAGUGCCGUCUUCCUCAACCCGGCUGAGGGUUUCUGGGUCAUCGGUAGGUGCAAUGGGGACUCAUUCUGGGCUGAGACCUCGCCCCGCACCAAGCUGGUGAUGAAGCAGGAGCCACAGAGAAUUACUGUAGAGCUGGACUGUGACAGAGGAAAGGUGGUGUUCAUCAACGCUGACAAUUUGACACCAAUACACACAUUUAAAGACAGAUUCAAAGAGAGAAUCUACCCCUACAUCUCCUCUGGAUUGUCUGAGGAGGGGAGAAACUUCAACCCACUGACCAUCUGUCCUCUGAACAUAAUUGUGCAUGUAGAAUAG